CGCGCGAGUUGGGUGCUUUACGCGCUGUCACGCGAGAGCGAGUUGCUCGGCCGAGAGCGAACGACACGGGCGUGUUGUGCGCGCAGCCUUUGGGAUUAUGUGCCGGAGUAGUGCUGUCCAGACGAUGCGCUGGUGUGUCAAAAAUAAUAAAUAAAUAAAGAGCACUUGGUGAGCGCUAUCUCUCGGGCGCACCUCCGCGAUAAUAGCCAAGAGGAGAGCGAGUGCUCGUCGAUCAAUGACAAGUCAUCGUGACGUACGAGUGGUCGUCGUCGUUGCAAGCAGCGCCAGCAGCUUCGGCUCGAUAUUUCGACGAGAGGCGACACGAGUACCACCUUUGUCCACCUGCCAACGGGCUUUUUUAAAAGUGCAGUCUAGCACCAGCAGUAUCCGAAUGCGAGUAUGUAGGAGCGCGCAUCCGUUGUUCGCAGCGGCGCAAGUGGAUCGACAACAUGUGAUCAGCGGGAGCGAGGCGCAGGCGCGCGGCAAGCGUGCUGCACGUGCCCCGGCGACGACCAUGUGAACGAAACUUGUGCGGAGUGCAUUGGUCGACCGACCAGAGUAACGAAAAAGAUCGCGCGAAGAGACGAAGGCUCGAGCGGAGCGAGCGAGCGAGCGGCCAGCGAAACAUGAGGAUGGGAGGACUGGUGCUGGGCACGGCAAUCCUAGGAUUGUUCGUGUCGUCGUCGGGAUUGCCGUCGGCGAGCAGCACAGCUACGAGUCUUGGUAACGGCAGGUGUAACGCAGCGCCUUGCACGUGCGACAAAUUCGGUAGACUCACCUGCGACUGCAAGGACAGUUCAGAGGAGCUGAUUCUAACGUCGGAAGGUGAAUGGGGUUUAAGCCUACAUACCAGUCGCAUCUCGGUAAACCAUUGUUCCUCAGUCGUCCUCACCAAUCAUAGCCUCGUUCAAAUGGAUGGCUUGAUGUCGGUAGACUUCGUCAACGUUGCCAAUCUGAGCCUCGUACGAUAUAGCUUCAAACUCUCGGCCAAAGCUACCAAAACGCGAGUAACCAUAAGAAAUAGCAGUCUUGAGGUGUUACCAAGCAACGUCUUUCAUGGCGACAUCGAGACAAUCGUCAUGGACAAUACGCGGAUAUCGCACGUAACGGCGUUCGCCUUCGCCAAUCUCAUCAACACCAAUAGCAUAACCUUGGAAAAUUGCCGUAUCAACAAUUUGGAAGCGUUGGCUUUCAAAAAAUUCGACGUUAAAUUUCUUCACAUUAUCGGCGGAAGUUUGGGCGAUAGGAUACCAAGUCGCGUAAUGAACGACAUCGAGGUUACCGACAAGUUCAUGCUCGACGGUGUUCGCAUGGGCACGAUACAAAGUUCUGCGUUCAUCAUUCGUAAACCCAAGACUGUGGCGAUUCUAAAUUGUGCGAUAAACGACGUCGAGGGCGAGGCAUUCGACAUAACCGCCAGCGGCACUGUGAUCAUCAAGAAUAACACAUUGGAACACGUUUCCUUCGGGGCUUUCCUGUCGAUAAGGGCGGACACGGACAACCGACAGCCAAGUGGACAGCCACACAGCCUUAUGUUCAAGGACAACAACGUGACCAAUUUUGAGGAGGGUUCGCUGUUGUUCGAUCGCAACAGCUUCCGAGUGGAAUUCAGCAACGUGUUGGUUAAUCAAGCCUGCGAUUGUGACCAGAUAAACAUCUGGCGUAGCCAGAUACUAAAUUACACCAACGUGUACUCAAGACUAAUAACCUCGCGAGAAGGUACCACCAGUAUCGUGGCGCCACCGUUCACACUAGAGUCGAGCGUCGACGAUCCAGAAACCUUCCUCUGCCUGGAAGAUCCAGAAAGCAGCACGACCAUGUCGUUCGUCAAAUACGAGAAUCGUCACUGUGUUCUAAGCAGCUCCAUGCUCUUUCUUAUUCUCGCUUUGUCGGCUUUAGUUCUGGUCCUAUUGUUCGUCACUUGUCUGGUAGUUUAUUGCUGUCGGAAGCGACGAAGGGAUGCGCAGAAGCGUUGGAUCAGCGUACCGACAACGGCACCGGAUGUGGUCAACUCCAAGAUGGCUAAGAACGGUAACGUCGUUAACGUGACUGCGGGUGGCGCUCCGGUCGACAGUAGGAUAACAAUGGUAGUUCCUGACGGAAGACUGUAUAGGGAAACCGAGUUUCACGUUAUCGUGGAGAAGGCUGAACCAUUGACGACGGAAUUGUAACGAGAGCUACCGCGUGUCUCACACGCGAGAGACACGCAAACCAAUCGACGCGCAGGGCAGUCCCCGCAGCAACAACUCAGCAUCGAGGAGUACGUCGAAGAUACCUCAAGGGUUUACAGGCUGUGACCAAAGGCGAGAAUCGGCAGCCGUGUAAAUACGUGAUAUUAGAUGAUUUUCGUGAGGUAUUUUUCGACCUUUACAGUGAAGCACGUCGAAACGAAACGAACGUUCUGUGGUGAUGGCUUCAUGGACCAUUUGUGAUUAUAUAUAUAUAUAUAUACAUACAUAUGCAAAUAUACAUAUAAAUAACGAGUGUGCGAGCGAUCGAGGGAGAGAGAGUGAGAGAGAGAGAAAAGAAAAGAGUAAAUGUAUAUUUUUCCUCCGAACGACAGAUUGUGAAGAAAAAGCGCAUACAUCAGCGUUUUGUUGUCUGCAAGCCAUGAUCAAAUAAAAGCUUAUAGUUUUUGCGUUUGCCAUAUCCCCUUAUCCCACCUCAUAUUCCAUUGGUAUAUCGAAUAAUAUAUAUCAAAGAAUAUAAACAUUAAAAUGUCUGACUCUACGAACACGCACAUGCACACGUAUCGUUUGUUAUUUCUGAAAUAAUAAAAAAUUGUUUUGUUUCGUUCUUUAUAAAUAUAAAAUGUUUAAUUUAAAAAGAUAAAAAUGAAAAUAAAAACAUAAGACGUCGGUGUCGUGUCGCUGUCACGUUAGCUUUGGUUUGCUUUAUUUCGCGCAGGCGGAAUUAGCUUCGGAGAGUGCGCGUCGCACAUCUCAUUUAAUCUCGCGCUGCGCCUCCUCAAUGCCAUUGUAUUCCCCAUUAGCUUUCACGAGUGCCAGUGCUUCAAGUGUGUCAUCGCGGAGAGACCCCGAGAUGUCGUACCUUAGUCCUUAAGUCGAGUUGCCGGAGGGCGAGAUUGCCGCCGAAAAUAAUAACACAUACACGCUCACGUAUAAAGCCUAGUCGCGAGUUUCAUGCGGAUUUUCACGCUCGCAAAACAAUACGAAUAAUAGUAUGUAAGGGAGUUUGAUCGAUUGGCGGCGAAAAGCGCGUCAUUCUUUCCUAAUUGUAAGGAUACUGUAAUUAGUAUUUGGCGACGUAGACGCGCAAAUGCGAUGGAUCGGUUUUGUAACGAACGAAGAAGCGAGCAUUGUGUAACUAAGCGAGUAUUUAAGCGUUCUAUUGCGACGAUACCAACCCUCAAUUGUUUCCUUUAUUUUCAAUAAAAAAUCAAACGACA